AUGGCACUCACAGCCGCUGCAGUGCUUUCCGAGGAAGAGGUCCUGGUGGAGAGGCCUCACUCGCGCAACAAGCGCCACUGGUACCUCGCGGGUGCGGCAGUGGCGGCCCUGGCCGUGGCGGGCGUCGUGGCCAAGGUGUCCCACUCUCCUCUCUCCAAGUCAAAGACCUUGGGCGAGAUUGAGAACUGGGAGGAGCUUCCAGGAAUGGACAAGGUCAUUCUCAAGGCGCAAUCCUUGAAACCGAAGCAUCCCCUGCGCAACCUCAAUGACCUGUUCUACGAUUCGGUGCCGGAGGAACUUCCAUGGAUCCGCACCGAGUGCGUGAUUGACACAGUGCAGGCAGCCGCCUACUUGGCCCAAGCGGUCGUUUUCCUGUACAAGGCCAUCGACUACAAUGGCCUGGAGUGCCCGGACAACUCGCCUGUGGGCUGCGCCGCCAGCGUGGCCGGCUUCAUCACCUCCAUCAGCUGGAUUGCCUCGUAUCUGUCCUUCGCUGCGAACGCCUGCGGCCAGGCCGUCAACAAUGGCGCCCUCUGCGCAGGUGACUUCACGGCGUUGAUGGCCAACUUCGGUGAGAUCGCCACGGUGGGUGCCGCCGUGAAGGCCGACUGCGACUUUGGCAAGAACGCCAUCUCCAUCCUCACCAACCCGGACCCUGUCAGCCCGCCGUGGGCGCAGUUCGUCCCCGGAGGCGCCGGCCCAGAAGCGGAGAAGAUCCUGGCGAUCAAGGGGCACCAGGAGGCGAACCGCAACCGAGGCUUCGACAUCACGCAGUGUGUGGUGGAUGUGACCAACUCCGCCUCCUACAUUGUGCGAGUCAUCCUCCAGAUCCGUUCCGCUGCCAGCUCUUGCCCGGACCCGAAGGCCUGCGCUGUCGGCAUCAUGAACAUCAUCUCCUCCUUCGCCUGGAUCUCACAGUUCACGGCGCUGGCGGUGUCCGACUGUCAGGUGGGCGCUGAUCAGAAGGCCUUGUGCACGGCCGACAUCUCCGACAUGGUGGCCGCGGUAACCAACGGACCCGCAGCCGGCAUCGCAUCGACCUCGGACUGCGCGGACCUCUAA